AUGCCGAGCACGAGCACCAAGAUUGGCCAUGGCCUGGCCAAGGUCUUGGGCAUCAAGCUCGAGAAACCCCAGAAUGAGGAGAUGCUCCGCGGCGAAUCCGUCUUUUCGGUCCAGUCGUCUGACACGUUCGUUGAGGAGGAGCCUACAACUGCCGAAUGGUUUCUCGAACUCUUGCCCGACGGCCAGCAAGCCCUUGACUACCUCCGCUCUUUGUUUCCCUUCCUUAACUGGAUUGGGCACUACAACAUGCAAUGGUUCCUUGGCGAUCUGGUUGCCGGUGUCACCGUUGGCGCUGUAGUCGUGCCGCAAGGUAUGGCUUAUGCUUUGCUCGCAAAGCUUGACCCUCAGUUCGGUCUCUACUCGUCUUUCAUGGGUGUCGUCAUCUACUGGUUCUUUGCUACGUCUAAGGAUAUCACCAUAGGCCCUGUGGCCGUCAUGUCAACUGUCGUGGGUAACUUGAUUACGGAUGUACAAAAAGACUUCCCACAGUAUGAAGGUCACCAGAUUGCAUCGGCUUUGGCUAUCAUUGCUGGUGCCAUCAUCCUCUUCAUCGGUCUGAUCCGCAUGGGCUGGGUUGUCAACCUGAUUUCCUUGACCUCAUUGUCGGCUUUUAUGACCGGUUCCGCCAUUAGCAUUGCCGUCGGCCAAUUAGCCACAUUGAUGGGUAUCAAGGGCGUCAAUACUCGAGAUGCCACCUAUCUUGUCUUCAUCAACACUCUCAAGAACUUACCCAAGACGAAGAUGGAUGCUGCUAUGGGCCUUACCGCCCUUGCGAUGCUUUACCUUCUUCGAUCUAUCUUCACAACGCUCGCGAAGCGACACCCCCAGAAGUCGAAGCUCUUCUUCUUCCUUUCGACUCUGCGAACGGUCUUUGUCAUCCUUCUCUACACCAUGAUCAGCUGGUUGGUCAACAUGAACAGGCGGUCACACCCUCUGUUCAAGAUCUUGGGAAAUGUUCCUAGAGGGUUCCAGAAUGUCGGCACUCCGAAGAUCGACACCAACCUUAUUAGUGCCUUCCUCCCCUUCUUGCCAGCCAGUGUCAUCGUCUUGGUUAUUGAGCAUGUUGCCAUCUCAAAGUCCUUCGGUCGUGUUAACAACUACACCAUCAACCCCUCCCAGGAGUUCGUUGCCAUCGGCGUCACGAAUGUCAUCGCACCCUUCCUUGGCGGCUAUCCAUCCACGGGCUCCUUCAGCCGUACAGCCAUCAAGUCCAAGGCCGGCGUCAGGACUCCUUUCGCCGGUGUCAUCACCGGUCUCCUCGUCCUACUCGCCAUUUACGCCUUGACAGCAGUGUUCUUUUACAUUCCUAGCGCUUCCCUUGCUGCAGUCAUCAUCCACGCCGUCGGAGACUUGAUCACGCCGCCCAACACCGUCUACCAGUUUUGGCGCGUGUCUCCUCUCGAAGUCGUCAUUUUCUUCAUCGGUGUCUUCGUCACCGUCUUUUCGUCCAUCGAGAAUGGCAUCUAUACUACCGUCUGCAUCUCCGCUGUGCUGCUUCUAUGGCGUAUAUUGAGAGGUCAGGGACGCUUCCUUGGCAAGGUCAAAAUUCACUCCGUUGUAGGCGAUCAUGUUAUCGGCGAGGACCACAGGCAAGUCAUUGGCGAGUACGGAACCUUCAGCGCUAGCGACAACGCGGCGCGCAACGUCUUCUUACCCAUUGAUCAUGGCGACGGAUCCAACCCCGAAGUCACUCUCGACAGUCCUUACCCCGGCAUCUUCAUCUACCGCUUUUCCGAGGGCUUUAACUACCCUAAUGCCAGCCAUUCCCUCGAAUACCUUACUGAUUAUAUUUUUGCACGGACUCGCCGGACGAACAUGGAAGCUUACGGGCGUCUUGGUGACCGACCUUGGAAUGAUCCCGGCCCAUCGCGCAAGGCAAAGAUUGCGCAGGCUCAGAUGCACGAGGAGGAGAACAGGCCAACGCUCAAGGCGAUCAUCCUCGACUUCAGCUCCGUCAAUAACGUUGACUUGACUUCGAUCCAGCAGCUCAUUGAUGUCCGUAACCAGCUCGAUCGCUACGCCGCCCCGGACAAGGUGAACUGGCACAUUGCCUGCAUAAACAACAGAUGGACCAAGAGAGCGCUUGUCGCCGCUGGUUUCGGCUACCCCGUUGACCGGAGCGACGGCCUACAGCACCAGUGGAAGUCCAUCUUCAGCGUCGCUGAGAUUGGUGGCUCAGACUCUGCCGCCGCUGCGGCGGAGAAGGAGGCCAACGAGAAGCAAAUAUCGUCCCACGGCAAGUCAUCAAGAGCCGUGGACGAAGAAGUCGGCAAGGACAGCGGCGCAUACGAUCAGAUCGACCCCGUCUCCUUGGGCUCCCAGAAGGAUGCCGGUCGGAAACGGAGGGGAGUCGUCGUUCACGGUCUCAACAGGCCGCUGUUCCAUGUCGACUUGACAAGCGCGUUGCAGAGUGCCAUCGCAAACAGCGAGGGUAGGGGUCAUGCCGACGACGAGGCCGGGCCCAAGAGCCCGGGCAGCUCGAGUGAUUAA